AUGGCUCACAUGUCCCGCACCGCCACCAACCAGCGGAACUACCGGAAGGCUAUAGCUGAAGAGACCCUGGAGAUCUUGGAGAAAGGUGGCUAUUAUUCCCCCGAAACCUAUGACUGGGUCGACCUGGCCGAGCCUUUGGAACGCUGCGUGGAGGGAUCCUUCGUCGUGCAUGAGGGCGAGGAUAUCAUGCCGGCCGGUAGCAGCCAAGUACCGGCUGGAGAUCAGCUGGUGAAAGUGGAGGUAACCAAAGAGACUUCACUGGAAGCUUUGUACAGACUGGCUGAGGAGGAUGCUGGCAACAUCGUUUUGCUGAAUUUUGCAAGUGCCAAGAAUCCAGGUGGCAGCUUCCUGGGUGGCGCUCAAGCGCAGGAGGAGUCCCUGGCGCGCUCCUCGGGGCUCUACCCGUGCCUCACGAAGUUUCAGGAUGACAUGUAUGCGGCCAACAAGAAGGAUCCACGAGGCGGCUUCUACUCAGAUGACAUGAUCUUCUCAUCUCACGUGCCCUUCUUCCGCACUGACCAGGGUUCCCUGCUGCCGUCGCCCAUCUGUUGUUCGGUGAUCACCUGCCCCGCGGUGAACGCAGGGGUGGUGGCGGAGGGCACUUGCCGGCGAAAGGGGGAGACGCCCGUGAUGCAAGUCAUGGAGGGAAGGCUGCGCCGUAUCCUUCGUCUAGCGCGGGCGCGGGGCGGCCGCACAUUGAUCCUGGGCGCUUGGGGCUGCGGGGUCUUUCGCAACACGCCGGAGGAGGUGGCGCAGCUCUUCCGCGCUGCCCUGUCACCGAAGCACGGCUUCCACCACAGCUUUGUGCGGGCGGUCUCCGCCGUGCCGGACGAGAAGAUGAAGUCCUGCUUCGCCCGAAUCCUGCUUCCUACAGCCCCGGGCCACGCAGCUAGCAGCACCUUUCGUCCCAACGACGCGCCCGCCCCAAGCGUGCUGCCGGGCGACAGUCCACUGACCACGCCAACAGCCACCCUAAAGGGCUACGGUCUUGAAAACCCGACCAGUCCUGAGCUCAUCAGCUGUGCAGUGGACCCUGAGAGCCCUCCUGACAGUCCCAAGAGCACCCAGCUGGUGUCUGUGGAUUUGGAUGAUGACCAGCCUGCGCAGAGGGCGCUGGAACUGAAGCUGAUCUCUUUCGGAUAUUCCAGGGGUGGUGGAAUUCCGGCAGCCAACCAUGUCUUUGAUGCCAGACACAUCAAGAAUCCCCAGAAGGGGCCACAGAAGCAUCUCACAGGUCUCGACGCCCGGCUGCGGAAAGAGAUUAUGGCCCACGAUGGGGCGGAGGAACUCUACGAGAAGAUGCUGCAAGUGGUGCUGAACGACCUUGCAGAGGAACGAGCACCGGUGGUGGCAGUCGGCUGCACUCAUGGGAAGCACAGGAGCGUGACCUUCUGCGAGGAGCUGGCCAUGCGGCUGCGAGGCACGGUCUCGCCCCAAGGCCGCCGUGUCUCAGUGGAAGUCUGGCACCGCGAACGGGGCAGUUGGUCCAAGAAGGGCCGAUGGCGCCGGGGGGCUGAAGGUCGGGACUUGGGAAAGGGCCUAUCGGUGGCUGCUUUGGCCAUGAAGCGCUUGAUUCUGGCAGGGGUCAGGGCCCCAAGGGCGAUGGCAGAUUUGGAAGGUCCACAGCCAUAUGACCAUGUGGCCAGGUUGAUCCCGCCUCGCCUGCCGGGGAUUCUUAGGACCAUUCCCCUGACGUUGAACGUAGUUUCCGUGAUGCCAUGGGGCAAUCCUCCACUACCGCCGGGGCAGUGGUCGCACGGCUUGGGCUUUCCGGGAAGGACAGUCUGGGGCUCCUCCGAGCAUGGACAGUUGGGCAUUGGCAGCCUACCUACCGAGGAUAAGGCUGUGGCCCCUCGUUUGGUUGAAGGGCUGCGGAGCGUUCCAGUCAAACAGGUGGCUUCAGGAGGCUACUUCUCUGCCGCGGUAUCGGAGAGUGGAGAGCUCUACUGCUGGGGCCAUGGCAAAGAUGGACAGCUCGGCCAUGGCGAUCUGAAGGAUGUGCACAUGCCCCGUGCGGUGCGAUCCUUGCAGUCGAAGGCACGCAGUCGUGGUGCCAAGUGGUGCGAAGUGGUCCGCACCGUGUCCUGUGGUGAGCAGCACGUGGGCGCGGUGUCGGAGGUGGGUGUCCUCUACACCUGGGGCCGAGGGCAGAAUGGCCGUCUUGGCCACGGUGGACAAGAGAACGAGCUGCUGCCUAAGCCGGUAGAGGUCCUGUCCGGCUAUCCCGUGGGCUUAGUGGCUUGUGGCGAGUUUCAUACUGCCUGCAUCCUGCAAAACGCUCCCCACGUCUACACCUGGGGGUUGGGCCUUUCAGGACGCUUGGGACAUGGCGAUGAAAACGACAGGCUAACGCCCACCUUCGUUGAAGCCUUGACUGGGAUGCAGGUGAGCACUAUGGCCUGUGGCGGGCACCACACGGCUGCAGUGGGAGAUCACCUGCAGGUCAUGACAUGGGGUGGAGGUGCCUUUGGCAAGCUUGGCCAUGGCAACCGGCUGGCGCAAAGCACGCCCAAAGUCGUGGUGGCCCUGCAGGGCAAACGCGUCAUCCAGGUGUCUUUAGGGCCUCACCAUUCCGCGGCCUUGACGCAGAAGGGCGAAAUCUACACCUGGGGUCAGGCGGGUCGCUUGGGCCACGCCUCUCAGGGGGCCGAGGUCGAUGAGAUGUUGCCGCGCCCGGUGCUGGCUCUGAGCCACGUAUGUGUGGCCCAAGUCUCCUGUGGUCACAGCCACUGCUGCGCUGUCACCGACUCCGGCGACGUCUGGGCCUGGGGCUCCUCUAGGACCUUUGGACAUACGGAGCAAAGUGCCUAUCCCAACGUGCCCACCAUGAUCAAGGUGCUGGCUGGUAAGGCCAUCGUCCACGUGGCAUGUGGGGUGACGCACAAUGUGGCGUUGUCAGACUACCGCCGUCUCAGCAAGAAGGGCUUGAAUGCUCCAGCCCCUGGAGGCAAGAAGCCCCGCAUGGACGAGGAACGAAGGAGCGCCGCAGGGGACAACAAGAAGGAGGCGGAACAAUUCUCCAAGACCCCUCAGACACCGCAGAACCUGGACGAGAUCCGAGCGCCCUGGGAGGGAAGUGAUGGAAGUCCAGAGAAGCCCAAAGGGCACCAAGCUGAACGGCCGGUGGCAUUCCUUUCGAGUGAGCUGAAAGCGUAUCAGGAGCAAACCUUGCGCUUGGCCAAGCUCCUGCAAGAAACGAGGACAAAGUUGGAGACGUUGCAGAAUGAGAACUCUUUCCUCAAGAGUGAAUUGGAAGUCAUGCACCAGUGUUCCAACGACGCGGACGAGCGCCUGGAUACCCUGCGGCGCCACUUCAACGAACGCAUCCGGGAGAUGGAGCGGCGCUACAACGACAAGGAGCGCGCCUGGCGCGACACCUUCAGCCGCCUCCGGCUACACCUUGGAGUAGGUGGAGGUCUCGAGCCUCCAGAGGAAGAGGAGCCACCCAACGAGGAAGAAGUGCCAAAUGCUGCACAUGAGCCCCCCGUGGAGGUGCCAAAAAAGCAACCCGUGGCCAAGCCUGGCUACAAACACCUCCGCUGGCCCGGCUGGAAGCACGUUGCGGCCUCAGCCAUGCGGUUGCGGCGUCGGCUGGCACCGGCAGUCUUCACAGAUGGCGCGCACCAGAACCUGGCCCUGAUGCAGGUUGGUGACCCCAACAGCUGGGGCAUGGGAUCCCAUCUCCAGGUGCUCGAGCUCGUGCCGGCCUUGGAUCCUUGUUCACGCCUUGAGAAAAGUCCGGUGGCUGUGAAUGAGAUCACCACCUAUAGCCACUGGAGCAGGGAUGGUGGGCCACGUUGUCGCAUGUUGUCGCCACGGGGUGAGAACCCAUUUUUGAGGCGAGAUGAGAAAGGAAUUGGCACUUCCAGUGUGACUCUUAGGGCCGCCAUGGACGCGGCCCUGCAAGUGAAUCUGCGGCUGGUGGUUGAUGCUGCCAGCGCAGAGACCUCGCCGAAUCGCGAAGCCUUGCGACGAAGGAGAGAGGCCCCCAAUGCGCAUGGCUGGGCACCUCUCAAGUGGCUGGUUGCUCCAAAGCAUCCAGCGCUUCUGGCCUGGGAAGCAAUGAGUCUUCGCCAAUGCACAUCUCCUCAGGGUCGUAUCUGGGGCGGAGUCGCCCAAGUCUCCAGCUCGCGAGGUCGAUGUGGUCGGGGUUGGGGGGUCAUUGUUUGCCUCGGUGUCAUGUUCAAACCACCGACUCGUUGCAGUGGCACCAUCCGCAGCCACCAACGGCCCAAAGUAUGGCCAGUGGCCUGGCAAAGUGCCGCCGAAGGGUCCAAACGUCCCACGUUUCACCCGGUUCGUGCCAUGGACGGCUGCUGCAGCGCCCACCCAGCCACGACCAGCAUCUCGGCGGCCGAGCCGCCGCUGCUGGAGCUGGACGCAGCGCGGCCGGGGGGCACCGCAGCGGUGCCGCGCUGGGAGUUUGAAGCGGCAGUCGCCCGGCUUGAGCUGCGCUUACAAUACCUGGAGGCUGCAACUGGCAGCAUCCGGCAGAAGGAUGCUGGAAUCGAGGUCAUAGAGCUUACGCCAUCCAUGGAACACUGCAGUCCUGUCUUCGAAUCGACGUCGCCUCAUUUCCAGCGAGCGGAGGAGCCGGAGCUACGGAGCGACCAGAGCGAUGAGACGGAAACGCCACAUGGGGCAGAACACUCUCACGAUCGGGUCUACUUUGGCGAAAGCGUGUGGAAUAUUCCUUUGGUCUUGGACUUUAGCAAAGUUCCCGUGUGGGACGGUCUGUUUUCCUUGAUCCUGCUGGCGGUGAACCUGGGAAUGCAGGCCAGUUUUUCGGGCAUUUUGUUGUCCGAUGAUUUCGCCCUGGCGGGCGUCAACGUGGAGGAAGAGGUGGACAAUGCACGGACGUGGCGCCAGACCAUUGCGCAUGACUGGAGGUAUAUGGAUCUGUCGCAGACCAGCUUGGUGUCACGCGUCUGCAGCGGUGACGGCGCCUUGAUUCUCUCCACGCCUCAGGCUGAACUGGUGAACCAAAUCAACAGCUUCUUAGGCUUGGGAACCGAUGACUUCCAACCAGGUUUCCUUCAACCGGGAAUUCUGCUGUGUAUGCUGUGCAUUCUCCACUGGAGCUUAUGUGUCUACCGAGAGUUCCGCAGCAUUUGGCUGGCGCUGGAGGCGGUGGCCUUCAUCCCCACAUCGCGACAGACCAAGAUGGGGGAGAACAGCAUCCAAAGUUUGUCCCUGGUGCGCUUUCUGUUCGUCUUUGUGACCUUCGUCUUGCGUGCGAUCAUCGCCAGCAUCCUGCUGGUGGCUGGAAUCAGCUGGCUGGCCAGGACCACGUCCAUCACUGAAUUGAUGCUGAACGCUGUGGCCUUGAACGGCAUCAUGGACGUGGACGAACUGCUCUUCGCAGGCUUCACCCCAGUCUCUGUGCAGCGCCAGAUCCGGAAGUUGAAACCCAUCCGCAUGCGCUACGGCCCGUGGCGGAGUCAGAUCGAGUCCUUCUUGCUCUUCUUGCUCCUGGGGGCAACGAUGCUGGUUCCAUACCUGGUUUUUCUGGAGCCCUUAGGCUCUGGUAUGGUGACCAUCAAGUGGGAGAUGUGUGGCCGCAACCAGACAUUCGUGGUGGCUCACAAUCCAGAUGUCCAAGAGAUAGUGGGCUUUGUGACCCGGUCUGGGAGGAGCGAUGAAGACCUCUCGUUGAGCGAAGUGGCUGUGAAUACGCAUACAUUUCAGGUGGAGGGCCCCUCACAGUACAUCCACUUCGCUGCAUCGCUGCAGAUCUUCGACCAGUUACGGCUGACGUCGCUGGCGGACGCUGCGGGCAUGUUACCCUUCUGUCCUGAGACCGAAGCCUUCCAUCGGGACAGCCCCUUAUACCUGGACCCCCUCAUAACGCCCAUCCUCCACAGCCGCCUCCGUUCCGCCACCGUGGCUUUGGGCGAAGCUCCGGCAGAGAGCUGCGCAGGGCUGGAGGAGCUGUGUCGGAGACCCGACGCACGGAUGCUUCGCUUAAUCUGCGGCCAAACCUGCGGCUGCACGGAUCCAUAUGCAUCGCCCUGGCACAAGGUGCAGUCACAGGGCUGCUCUGACCUUUGUUCCACCAGGGCGGAAGCAGCCCUGGAAACACUGACAUGCGAAGAUCAGCCCCAAGGACAGGUCUGGGAGGAAAUUUGGGAGAGCUACGCUGGAUCCCUGUCUUCCUACUACGGCCAGGAUGCCACGCAGUUCACCAUUUGGCCCUGGGCUGCAGCGGUGGCCCAGGAGCUGCGUGUGAAAGGCUGUGUGGGGCUGCAGCGGACCGAGCUGCAGCAGGAGGUGGUCAGCAAGGUGAACUGGUGCCAUGGCUCCGAGACCCUCUUUCGCCCCUUUUCCUGGCUGUGCCCCGUCUCCUGCGGAUGUUUGGAGCAUCCCCAGCCCCCCGGCUGCCCCGGCAGCUGCAAAGUGAACAACACUGGCCAUGGCCAAAGGCCAUGAGGUCAGGGAUAGCACUGCCCAAAGUGGUGGGAUCCGAAGCAUUCUGAAACACUGAGGCCGUGGGACAAAAAGGCAAAA